GUUUGAGGAAGACAGUCGUGUGAACCGACGGACAUCAGUUCAGCUGAUAUUCAGGAAACCUGAGGGGCGUGUUUGAUGCUGACAUCACCAAGGAUGUAUCGCCUCCUCCCCCUCGCCGCUCUCCUCCUCCUAUCCAUCGUUCCCACGGUAACUGAGGUGGUGAAUUCGAUAUCAGACUGUGCAGAGUAUUUCCUUCAAAAUCCACCACGCAUCCCGGGAAUCUUGGAGGGAGGAAACAUCCUGGACCAGAACAGAUACAAACCCAUUUGCCAAACUUGGAAUAACCAGAGGAGAUUUGUGACGCUCUACGACACAGACAACAAGAUCCCAGUGUUUUCUGCCUACAAGUACAGAGGGACAAAUAGCAAAAGGCCCAAAAACGAACCAUGGAAAAUAGAACCACAGCUUGAGAGCGAAUCUGGCGACAAUAACAUGAAGUAUUCAUCCAAAAAUGAGAUUUACGACAAACAGGCAGGGGAUACUGACUACUUACGCAAAGGCUACGACAGAGGGCAUUUAUUUCCGUGCUCUUACGCAUCAACCAAAGAUGAUAAGAAAUCUACCUUUACCCUCACCAACGCUGUCCCACAAGAAAGGAAAUUCAACCAGGGAAGCUGGAAAAGAAUGGAGACCUGCAUCAAAUUUGUUCUCGAUAAGUACUGCCACAACAAUAACGGUGUCAUAGAGGGAUUUUUGGUAACUGGAGCAAAGCCCGGCACCAGAAAGAUGAGUAACAAGGUUAAUGUUCCUUCCAUGCUCUGGUCAGCAUUCUGCUGCUUCAGUUACAGUGAAAGCAGGUGGCUAGCAAGCGCACAUUGGGGCCAAAAUGUGCAAGAUGGUAGCAAACAUCUUCUGGAGACAAAGACCUUGGCAGAGCUGCAUCAAGAACUGAACUCAGAAUUUGAGGUGUUUCCUGGAACACAAUGUCCUCUCCACACAACUGUCACUCAGUUGAACCCAAAACUUUGCACAUGCCCAUCACCCAGUACCACCAUUGCCAAAUCCAGGCGUAGGGCUUUUGAGGAGUCUUUGAGGUCAGUUAAAAGGAUUACUAAGCGCAAAAGGAAGUACAUUUUCAGGAGCCCUUGUAGAUCACCGUUAUCAUGUGGGGGGAACAGGAAAAGGGGGUAUAAAUAUCCCUCCCAUCGAUCUGCCUCCUGUUAACAAUGUUUUGCACUGACGAAUUCCUGCUUGGCUUUACAUGUAAAUCAAAAAAUGAUGUUUCUCUCAGUUGAUCAUGUUUCAUCUAAUCUUAUACAAAUUGACUAAUAAUGAGAGAAAACACACUGCAGAUUCUGUUGCACUUAAAUCUCUUCACUAAUAGAAAUUGUUGUGUUAAAUCAAUAGAUUGUAGACCGAUUGUGUACAUUUUCCCUCCAAAAACGUGAUUAUGCAUGACAUGAUUUUAUUCGAUGAGUUUAUCUUCCUCUUCAAUGUGUUUUUAAAUGCAUUUCUUUGCCUUAUGUACAGCAUUUUAAAAUUGCCUCUGUGUUGGAAGGUGGUAUGAAAAUAAACUUGCAUUGUGU